UUUUAACUCGUCCACCGUCUCUCUUCUCCCCUCUCUCUCUCUCUCUGUCUCGAUCUCUCGACCCAAUCGGACGAAACGAAACCCUAGAAAUUCUGCCAUCCCUACUCCCGGACGAUCCUUCCAUAGUUUCGAAUUCCUGAAUUUCCUCGCCAAGAAGAUCUCUUCCCCCCCUUCCCCCCCCUUCCCCUAAACCCUAGCAUCGCAUUCAGCUCCGGGGGCUUGCAAUUUGUCGACCCAACCCCAAAUUGCGGUUUUAGUUUCCGGCAACCCUCCCCGUCCGGCUAAAUCCCCGGAAUCCGUCGCCGAUUGGGAGUCGCCGCCGCCGAUUUGACGUGAAUCCAGCGAUUCUCUGGGCAUGGGAACGGUUCUCCGAGAAACCUCCAAGCCCUCCACUUCGAAUUCCGUCCCCACCACCGCAUCGACCUCGAUUACCGAGACGGUGAACGGGUCCCACCAGUUCAGGAUUACGGGGUACUCUCUUUCCAAGGGGAUCGGUGUCGGCAAGUACAGGGCGUCGGACACGUUUACGGUUGGGGGUUACCAGUGGGCGAUCUACUUCUACCCCGAUGGGAAGAGCGCUGAGGACAAUGCUGCGUACGUCUCGCUCUUUAUCGCCCUCGCUAGCGACGGGUCUGACGUCAGGGCUCUCUUCGAGUUGACGCUGUUGGAUCAGAGCGGGAAGGAGCGCCACAAGGUACACAGCCAUUUCGGGAGGACCUUGGAGGGCGGUCCCUACACCCUAAAGUACCGCGGCAGCAUGUGGGGAUACAAAAGGUUUUACAAAAGAGCUCUUCUGGAGACAUCAGACUACCUUAAAGAUGAUUGUUUAGUUGUCCACUGUAGUGUUGGUGUGGUCAGGUCGCAUACAGAGGGGCCUAAAAUCUAUAGCAUAACAGUACCACCAUCCAAUCUUGGUCAGAAUCUUGGUAAAAUGUUGGAAAGUGGGAAGGGAGCAGAUGUGACUUUUGAGGUUAAUGGUGAGACAUUUUCGGCACACAAGUUGGUACUUGCUGCCCGAUCACCAGUUUUCAGGGCCCAGCUGUUUGGUCCAAUGAAGGAUCAAAACACCCAGAGAAUAAUAAUUGAAGACAUGGAGGCACCUGUUUUUAAGGCUUUGCUUCAUUUCAUGUACUGGGAUGGACUACCUGACAUGGAAGAGCUUACGGGAUUGGAUUCAAAGUGGGCAUCCACUUUGAUGUCUCAGCAUCUGCUUGCAGCAGCAGACAGAUAUGGUCUAGAGAGACUCAGGAUAUUGUGCGAGGCCAAUCUAUGUCAGGACGUGGCCAUAAACACUGUAGCAACAACCUUAGCUUUGGCAGAACAGCAUCAUUGCUUCCAGCUGAAGUCUGUUUGUCUCAGAUUCGUUGCAAUGCCUGAGAAUCUGAGAGCUGUUAUGCAAACUGAGGGUUUUGACUACUUGAAGGUGAGCUGCCCAUCGCUCUUGACCGAGCUCUUGGAGUACGUGGCUCGAGUGAGCGAGCAUUCAGUGAUCGUCUGCAACCAGCGGAACGAAGGAAUUCUCGACGGCAGCGAUGCCAAUGGAAGACGGGUUAAGCAAAGGGUAUAGGAGAGAGAUUUCUGUAGAUGCCCCCUUCUCCCUGAAAGGAGAAAUUUGUAGCUCGGAAGAAGGGAUUCAGGUUGAAAAACCUUUCUUUGUAGUAGUAGCAAUAAUUGUUUCCUUUUCACUUCUUGGUUGUACUGUAUGUGGUCUCUAUUUCUUUUUUACCUCCAUUUGUCUUGUUUGUUAUGCUGCUUCUGUAAAUGUUUCAUUCGGAGGAGCGAAAUUGGGUUGUAAUGGUCCCCAAGGAUUCGUUGCUCCUUUGUGCGUACUAAGGUUUGUUUUCGUUAUGCGAAACUAAUGAAACUGUCAUAUAAACACUUUGGCAACA